AUGUACGUGACCGCGACACAAGUGAAAAUCGCGUCGAUAUUAACGAUAGGAAUCGGUAGUUUCAUCGUUAGCAUUGUACCAGCUUGUUUCGUAUCGCGUAUAAGAGAUUUUCAAGAAAAGUUAUUACUUUCCUGUGUAUUAUGUUUUGGCGGAGGUGUCUUAUUAGCAACUUCGAUACUUCACAUGUUGCCAGAAGUAAGAGAAUCUUUACCAAAAUACGGAGAACUUGCUAUCACAUGUGGAUUUCUUUUACUUUAUUUCGUUGACGAGUGUGUUCAUUAUUUUUGGGGUAGGAAUAUCGAUCAUUCGUCAAACUCACAUAAUCAUGCCCACGGAGGUAGACAUUUUCAAGAUCGUCGAGAAAAUCAGCGUUCCCAUUUUCAUCAGAUUGGUUACAAUGUGGGUAACCAAAAUGUGAGAGGCGUUAGUUCAAACGAUAUUAAAACGACAACGAAGUAUCAAUCGAAUUUACGGGGGACCAAUGAAUUUCCAAAUUGGAGAUCAAGUUAUUACGGAUCGAUGCAAUACGUACCAAAUGCACCUGCGGCUUCACCUUGUCACGAGGAGUUGACAUUUUUAUGUCAUGGCUCUCAUUCCGAACCUUGUUCAGAUGCCAACGUGGGUCCAGUAGGUCUUUUGCUGGCUCUCACUAUUCAUUCGAUUUUAGAGGGACUGGCUAUUGGCUUGCAAAAAAAGCCAGCCGAGGUUUUACUUUUUGUAGUGGCGGUGGCAUCCCAUAAGUUUAUCGUUGGAUUUUGUAUGGGUUUGGAAUUAAUGGGUACUGGUAGUUCCAAAUGUAAACUUGCUUUAGCGAGUUUAGUAUUCUCCAUUAGUUCGGUCAUAGGAAUAGGAAUUGGUAUGUUUACAUCACAGGAAAAUGCAUCUUGGUCUCGAAUAUUGUUACCGAUUUUGCAAGGAUUAGCAGGAGGAACGUUACUUUACGUUACCGUCAGCGAAGUUUUGCCACGAGAAAGAGCAAGGUGGCACAAAAGUUCACGUCGUUCAGCCGGUAUUUUUCAAUUUUUUUCAACUACAACCGGAUUUUUACUUAUCUUUCUUCUAAAUACUUAUAUCAGUACUUGA